UCUAUUUUAUCGUCCGCGCGCGUGGUGUCUCUGUCCUCGUCUCAUCGGCAGUGCCCGUCGUGCCCGUGUAAAAUAUGAUUGGCGUAGAGGCGAUAGCGGCGUCGUUGUCGUCGCGGUUGAUGCCGGUGCUGCUGGCACUGGUAGUGGUUCUGGUGCUGCUGCCAAUGGUGUAGCGCGGGUGUGCGCGCGCGGUGCUGUCUCGACAGCAUACAGUGCAGACGGCAGCUUUAGACUUCGCGGAAGAAGGGCCGUGAGCUCGGCCGUGCUCCGAUGGCCUGAUAUACACUACCGGGACGCGUAUAUGAAGCUACACUGCCCUGACCCGUCGAUGUGCGUGCGGGGGUGACUGGAGUGAUGGGAUGGGGCCAGAGCCCCAUGGAGUUCGGGUAGACCCGUCUCCGGCCCAGCUCCCCAGCCCCCUCCGCCAUCAAUAUCGCCACAGCUCCUGCCAGCGUCGCAGAGGGCCGCCUCGAUCGCGAUGGAGGCCUCUAGCAAUCAACAACAGAAGAAGGAGCCACGUGUCCAUAGGCCUUGCGCCUUCGAUAAGAUGGAGGGGCUGGUGCGGGAGAUGCAAGACCCUGAGAACGGGAUACCCGUGCGUAGUCAAAAACAAUUUCUCACUUCAAUCCCCUCAGCUUUCAUGGGUUAUGACCUCAUCGAGUGGCUGAUGGAGCGGCUUUCCAUCGAGGAAUCAGUAGAGGCGGUCCAUAUUGCCAAUCAGCUCUGCCAGUAUGGCUACUUCUUCCCGGUAAAUGACUCCAAGACACUCGCCGUGAAGGAUGAUAGUUCUCUGUAUAGAUUUCAGACACCGUAUUAUUGGCCAUGGCAACAUAGAACCCCUGACAAUGUGGAGUAUGCUAUUUAUCUGGCUAAAAGAACUUUAAGAAACAAACAACGCCAUGCCCUUGAGGAUUACGAGAUUGAUGCUUUAAACAGCUUACGUAGGAACUUGCAAAACAAGUGGGAUAUCAUACAACUUCAGGCUGAGGAACAGGUGCGAUUAUCGAAGGAGCGAAAAAAGGGAGAUAAGAUAGUGAGCGAUUCUCAAGAACGAGCCUUUUGGAGAGUUUAUAGACCACCGCCUGGUUGUCUCAGUAGCCUCGAAAUAGCACCCGUACCUACGCGUUUUCGUCCUGGACUAUCGCGUCCUCCAUCACGCAAACGCACAUUAACCGAUCUACAACGCGAGGUGGCCCUUUUGAAGAACAGCUUAACACGCACAAGAAUAAAGGUCUCGGCUGCGAUUGAAAAUUUUAAAUCAUAUUUUGAGACGUAUGUGGAAUACGAUCCAAUGUUUAUACAGCCACAGCCAUCCAACCCGUGGAUCACCGACGAUCAAACAUUUUGGCAACUGAACAGUCCUGUUGUGGAAGCCCCGACGGAGAAACGUGUAAAGCGCUGGGCACUAUCGAUGGAAGAGUUAAUGUCUGAUCCCACAGGUUUGCAAGAAUUCACGAACUAUUUGAGGAAGGAAUACAGUCACGAGAACAUACGAUUUUGGUUGGCAGUCAAAGAUUUAAGGCAUAGUUUCCAAGCACAAAUAAACGAUAAAGUCAAUGAAAUCUUCAAAGAAUUCCUGGCACCUGGAGCCCCUUGCGAAAUAAAUAUUGAUGGAAAGACAAUGGAAAAGGUCCAUCAAGAAAUGAAAAAUCCAAGCCGAUUUACAUUCGAUUCCGCUGCUGAGCACGUCUACACACUACUAUUGAAAAAGGAUUGUUAUCCUAGAUUUAUUCGUUCCGAUCAAUACCGGAACCUCGUAGCUGCGGGAGUGCAACCUUUGCAAAAAAAGAGAUUUUUUGUCUUCGGCGGACAAGCCAAAAAGAAAGUUUCAACUUCGACUACGACACCAAGUACAUUGCAACAGCAUGGUGUAGGUAGUAUAAGCGGCGGUAAACGCAGAGGAAGCGAUCGAAGUCUUUCCGGAUCAGCCCAUGAAUUGGCCGUUUGUGGUGUUCGAGAUACCGCAUCGGCGCCUAGGGUGCCGCAUUCUCACAGUCAAUCGAAUCUCACCGAUAUUCCAUACAGGGAUGUUGGUACGCCGGAAGCAACGGCUCUCCCUAUGGACGACGUUUGUCCGUGGGACGCGGCCCCAGGGCCCAGUAUAGAGCCCGCCACGCGCUCCACGGGUCCGCAACAACCGACGUUAUCUGGAGCAACGUCGGUUGAAGGACAACCCGAAGACAGCGGUAACAAUUUGAUGGGACAGCCGCAAUCUAUCGAAAUUGCACGUACGUCUCGUAAAAAUUCAACGCAGGUCGACUCCUGCAGUUCUUCGUCCGAUGUCAGUGUUGUAAUAACGGAAGUCUCUGAAUACCUUCGAAAGUCUUGCAGCGUACAAUACAGCGGUAGUACAGGUGGUGUAACAACGUACGAACGAAGUACCGGUGGAUCCGGCAUGAUGACACGAAACUACUCGGUCAGCUCGACCAGCAGAAAAGUAAAGCUUGCAGAGAUUGGUCGACCAUCGGCUUCGUCCUGCACCUAUCCGUCACCGCAACACUCGUUCGAGUGCUCUCACGUGGCAAUCGAUAGACCAGACACGUCUACGAUAGGACGAAUCGUAACCGAGGAGCCCGAAAUCAAUAUUACGAAGUCGAGGGUCUCGUCGUUCGAGAAGGAACCGACGACGAGAACAUCGCCGAAGGCUCCUCUGAUAAGCAUAAACGCGAUCGUGGGCGAUCUAAUGACCGACGUACCGGCGAUCGACGACGAGGAAAAAGGAAACGACGAUUGCGCGACAGCAGCAGAGUCAGAAGCGACAGAAAGCACUGUUAAAAGGGUGGAGCCGGACCCUGAUAACAGCGACUCGGUGAUCGCCGCCGAGGACUCGGCGACCCCGGCUCAAGCGGAAACAGAAAUCGUGGAGCUGCUGGAAGAGGCACAGGUUGUUCCAGUUUGGAAGCCGGAUACUCAACAGGACGACCAAACAGCGCCUGUCACUCAACCAGAACAUCAGCAAAAGCGUGACAAUAACGUUAACGAAGUAUGCCCGUGGGAAGACGAGGAAAACUGUAGAGUGGAUGCACCUUAUGUAAAAACCUACGCGACUUUAGGUUACUUGUAACUUGGCGUUGAAUAUGUAAAAAACUUACAUUUUACACUUAAACCAACAUUCAGAGGUUCAAUUUCGAUUUUACUAUACUAAGUUCGAGUGCCCGAGCUAACGAGAAACGCGUUACAAUUGUUUUCGUUUCUUGGGAUCGAUCGAAGAGAAAGGGAGGCCAACCGAUCGUCGAUUUGGUUACCGGGAAGAAAUAACGAGCGGUGAAGAGAAGAAGGAGCGUCGUUUCGAUCCGAAAGAAAAUCGCUGAAGAUCUCGCGCGUGCGUAAGAUAAGAUAUUCGACUAGAUCACGCCACGAGAGGCUCGUACGUGUAAGUUCCAACGCAUACGUCACCAAAAUGCAUUACCGAUACACGAAGCAUAAUUGUUGCCGGUUUUUUCGUGAUUCUAACUGUAAUCGUAAGUUUUCGACGACGUUGUUUCGGUACACGCGUCCGCUAAAAUGCCAUUUUAUGUAUCUUCCUCUUGGAAAGGGACACAACCGACGCGAUCGUUAUCCGUAGAUCCUCGAUUUAUAAAAAUUCGAGCGUCGCUGCGCCAUAGAUGUAGUAUAUUAUAGCGUGCAACGUGUGUUAGAAUAACGUAUUUACCGUGAUGUUAGAUGGUGUACUGUGGCCAGAUGAAAAAAAAACCAAGCUAUAACCGUGUCUGUCUAUGUAGCCAAAUGAAAUUUAAUCUACGACGUUACAAAGUAUUUCUCGGUUCGAUCUAUACAGAACAAAUUCCAUUUAUCGUUCGAUCCUGCAUGAGUAUUAAAUGCAAAGAUGCGAUCACGCGAGUGCUCGUCAAACAUGAGCCCAUUGGCCGCCCUCGCCAAACGCAAAUUUCUUUAAUACAAAUUGCAAACUAAAAAACUGUUUCAUUUUUUCAUCGUUUGGUUCGAAAACCCUUUUAAUUUCUUUUAAUACCGUAAAGUUUCGUGUCCGUGCCAGAAAUCCGAUUGGAAAUGUUAUUUGACGAAACGAUUCAAACGUUACACCAACGUGUAAAUGGUUUAGAUUACUGUUCGUAAUAGGAACGCUUCGUCGUCGUGAUAUUUGAUUAUGGUUCCACGUAACUUUUAGCGUUCGUUGGAUACGCGACAAGUAUCUAAUUAAAAGUAUUUAGCGCUUAUAUUAGACUCGCUUACGGCCUGAACAUACAAUGGCCUGCGUUAUAUGCUUAAGAAAUACAGAGACAACGCGUCUGUUACGUUUCGAUGGUAGAAACUCGAUGUGUAAGCUGUUUAUUACUCGCUGUUCGUGAUUAUAUAAAAAUUAAAUCGACGAAGAAGGAAAAAGGAAAACGCAGAAAAAUAAGGGGACGUAAUAAUAACGAUUCGUCCGUCGAUUGCCUAAAAAUAUUUAAAUAUCCCCGAAUAAUCGCUUCCUUGAGAUACGGUUGGGUUCUGGGUACUGUUACUGCCCUAGUACCCAGAACCCUUCGACAUUGAUCGAACCCUUGAUCGAAUUAUAAAUAAAACUUGAUCGUAUGGUCUAUUGUUUAUCUACUUUUCUCUCUCCUUAAGAAAUCGAUUCGAGUGCUUGUUAGAUAUAACUUGAACGUCUCGUUGUAUUUUAAGAAUUAGGAGAAUAAACUUACGACAUCCAUUCAUCUAGAUAAUUGUGUUUUAAAUAUUCCGCAAUACGUACAGGAAAGUACAGUAAACGUGUCGAACAUCCGCGCGAACAUCUUCUAUGAAGUACAGACUAUGUUUCGAUCGGAUCGGUACGAUUGACGAUUACGAUGAAACGGAACAGGGACAGAGGAUCUUUUAAGGAUAUUCACGAAUUUAAUUAGCAUUUUUCUAUUUUAACAAAGGCAAGUAAAAUUCGUUGACAAACUCGGUUAUCCGGUAAAUGCUCCGGUAAAUAUUUUUCGCGUUAAUUUCGCAGCGUUGUAUCGUGCAAUAAAAUUUUUAAUAUUAAGGGACGUUAGUUUAGAAACACAGCAAAGCAGUCAUUGGUAACAGUUCGGGCACUCGAGGCUAGUUCUAAGAAAUUUUAAAUACUCACGACGAACUUACUGUUAAUUCGGGAGCUCAACUUAACUAUUAUAAACAUUCUUAUUGUAGAUAGGCAGUUGGUAAUAAAAUGAAGACGACAAAUAUAUUACAGUUUCUAAGGGGAUGCGUAUGAGUACGGUAUAGAUGUUGAGAUUAUUCAGUUAACUGUGACAUUAGUAGCGAUAGUUUCGUCGUAAGACUGGAUCUUAUUUACGUGAACAGAGACGAUCUAUUCGGUUACGUUAUCUUAUAAAAAUCCGCUGGGAUGGGGAGUAGGGAGGAUAUUCACGAUACAAUUAUCCACGAACGAGCCUCAAAAUGAAUCAAAAAAAUCUAUUUUUGUUCCACGUUUUUAGAGACGCUUAUACGUGUGCACCGAUGUAUCUACAGAUCUUUAAUCGUGUAUCAUGGAAGAUUGAUUUUACUCAUCGUUCGUUAAAGUCCUUGUUAACGUACAAGGGACAAUUAGAGGAUCGCUGUACAUCCUGAAUCUCUUGCCGUUUUUUUUCCAUUUUAUUUCAUUCUCAACGUGUUUCUUUAUAGACGUUUAAUAAAAAGACGAGAUACAAAUAUUUAUUAGCGAACGCCAUUUGGCAAUUGCUCUUUUAGUAACGACUAUACAUACAAAUACUUAACAAGUAAGUUACAUCGGUAUUUACAAAUAUGUAUAUAAAAAUGAUAAACAGUGUUCAUAAAAUGACGACAAACGCCUGACGAGGGACACCUGAUUGGAAAUUAUAAGUUUAAGAAUUGUAUUGAUUUUAUUGAUCUAUGAUUCUUAAACGUUUUUGAUUUUCAAUUUUGAAACGCACUUUUCCUUUUACUGUACGGGGUGUUGUGCAACACUUAAAUGGAAAGAGAUAAAAGACAAUUUGAGUAGGCAAAUUUAAACGUUUAUUCUCUACAGAAAAGAUAUAAGGGUAAGUCGAAAAUUAAUUAGAAGGUAUUUUAACUUCACUGUACCCGGAUUACGUUCAAGUAUGACGAAGAAAGUAACUAUAAAAACAAAGAAUAGGGAUAAUCUUGAAAUCAUCGAAAUGCCUGUUUAAAUUUGUCUAAUGAAAUUUUGUUCUAUAUCUGGCCCUGUGUAGAUCAUUAUUUAAAAUCUGUAGUUGUAUGAUAUUUUAAUAUAUACGAUAUACAAACACUCGGAUUCCUUGACUACAAAUGUCUUCCAAGUCUUUUUUAACGAGAACAAGCAGAAAAGGGACGUUGUAAACAAAAGGCACUAUUAUUUUUCUAGAUUUAAUUGUGUAACUUAUAAUUCUUCGGGCCGGUGUAGAUUCAUUUGUACAUUGCUAAUUACGUGCAGGGUGUUUUCGAAGGAUGUAUCAAGACUUUUUGAACCUGUAAUAACAACUUGCUCGAUUGAAUAAAAAAUGCUCUUAAAGUAAACAGCGAUUCUCUAUUUCGAUACCGUAAAUUGUCUAUUUGUAUUCAUCGUUUGCUUUAAAAAAACAAAAAAAUAAUAAAAAAAAGAUUACAAACACAUAUUGCUAAUAAUCGUAUAUAAAUAAUAAACACCAUGUUGUUAAUUUGGUAAAAUUAACAUUUUUUAAACGUAAUUUAGUUUUUUAUAAAUUCUUGUUUCCAUCGAAUAUAUUUAACUUUGUUACUACAUAACAUUUAUAUUAAACUAGAAUUUCUUCACUUAUGAUAGAACAAAUUCUGAAUGUUAUGUUUUAUUUUUAUUUUGCUGUCUCGGCUGAUUUAUAAGAUCCAUGAGAUUCCAGAUAAAGUAAUUACUUUUGUUCUCAUUCGGCCUGAAUAAUUAUACAACGAUACGAUUAAAUGAAAAUGAACCAUAUAUUACCACCGAAAGACUGAAAAUGUACCUAAAAACCCCAAAAAAAAGAAUCCACGCUACAAGACAAUGAACGUCUAGUCGUUUUAACCACUAAGGAACGUCGACGAUGGAAAGUCUUAAAGAGAACGUACAUUAUGUAGCUAAGUAGCAAUUUCUGUGGGGGACAAAGGUAAUCGAUUCAAGAUUUCAGCGAUCCCGUGUGUCCCGCGAUAUUUUAUCGUUUCGUAUUAGAUAAAUCCAGGUUGCUUUACACGUGCGCGCUGAAAAAUGUUAUAUAUCUAGCGAAUUACCGUUAAAAUUAAGAAACUGUAACGUUUAAGUCGACUGUCGUCUGUGGUAGAGUCGAUAAAAGGAAAUCGACUUGGCUGAUGGACAAAGUUUCACGAACGACAGCCUUUUCUCGUUCUCUAUCUUGCAUCCACCGUCUCGAAUAUAUAUUUUAAACAAUAAAUCCGACACGCCGUCGAGACAUCGUCGUCGUUUUAAACAACGAACGAUGUUGAAAAAAAAUAUAACGAAUAAGAAGUACCUCGAGCGUAGACUAACGAAUCGUAUGUGACAAUGGUGGCCAAAUUAUCUUUGUUAUGGUUCCCCCAUACUUAUACUUCUCGUUAUAUUUAAAUUCUACGAUUCAAGGAUCCACGUCAAAAAUAGAGAAAUAAAUUCUCAAGUUCUGCUAGCUUUUUAGAAAAUUAACAUUUUUCGACGUAACUUUUUCAUAUUUUCUCAUACCCAAUAUAAAUAAAUAUUCCGCUUCUUUUUGCUCUAAACCUCAAAUUUUAUAAAAAAACUUUGAAAAAUGUUUAAUUUACGGAAUCAAAUGCGACAUAGCCAAUGAUAAUUUUAAAAAAUGUUAAACUUGAAACUCGUUAAAAUUUACUGUGUUAAAAUUCUUUUCUUUCGUGGAUACUAUUAAAAAAUUUAAUUAUAAUUACAUAAAAUUAAAUAGAAUUUAUAUUAUAACUACAAACCCACAGAAACCAGUGACAAAAAACUGGUGUAUUUAAAUAAAAAGAAAAGGAGGGAAAAUAAUUUAUAAGAAAUCUAUAUUUUCGAGAAGAUAUAUUAUUAAAUUUGUUUUAUUCCCAAUGCAUGGUCAUCCCUGGGAAAGAGGUUACCUAGAGGUCAAAGUAAGACGAAAAUCAAGAAUACCAAUUUGUUGAUGG